AUGAUAAUAAAUAAUAAUGUACGUUGCGUGUUCUAAUUAUUCAAUUUAUGCGUAGAUGUAACGAGGCCGCUUUAAUAGUGUUGCAUAAGUGGGGUGCAUCUGCUUGACAUUUGAAUUGACCCAAAAUCCGAAUAGAAACUGUGUCACGUAUUAGCCGGCAAGCGAAUACAGGCUCGCGGGCCUAAGUCGACGUCGCUCGCGGUGCGUUGUGCAAUCCCGUUAGCACUCCUUCACUCCACGUGCAAACCAAGCCGGCGCGUCUCAAUGUCGUCCGUGGGCGGCUCUCUGAAAAUAGCGAGCCCACCCGAACAAAAGCCACGGCUUGCAACACGAAUAUUUCCGAACGAAUCUACACCGGCUUGCAUCCACUCGCAGGGUCUGUAAUAAACUUUCUCGCUCCCACAAACAGCUGAGUAUCAAAACAAAGAAGCGAGACGGGCGGUCGCCGCUCCCGCUCGCCGGCCGGCCGGUGUCGCUCGCACGCACGCCAGUUCUCGUUUGAACCGUGUCUAUUGAGGUUGUCUGUUACGAGCUUGCGUGCAAAGUUUACUGCCGCGGAAGGAUUUUCCUUUGUCCCGAUCCACACGGAUCCUGCCUUCAUAUUAUGAGUCCGCGUGAGAGCUGUCAACACUCUCGGCCUAUUGAGGUGCCGGAUCGUGUAAAACGUACAGAAUCGCGACGAAGUUCUUACAAUUUACCAAAAUUUUGUGACGGUUACCCUGCGAAACGCGUACGCCGGGCAAUUUGAAAUACUUGAGUGAAAUUUUCAUAAAGUCAGUGUGGACCAUCAUCAGACUUCGUGAAGUGUUAUUUGAAGAGAGUUUUUUGAACUUAGCAACAAUGUCGACCGGUAAACGACUCGCAAAGCGCUCUAUCAUUGGUACGCGAGUAGCUGCUCUCGGUGAUGAUGGACUAUACUAUUCGGGAAUGAUUCAGGCAGUGAAAACGCCAGCGCCUUUCCCUGAAAACAAUAACUGUAUCAACUUGACCCCCAACACCAGAUAUACAGUUCGCUUUGACGGUGGAAAACUAACCAGAGAAUACAGAGAUGCGGAGCUCAUUGGUCCUGGAUUUCGAGGCUUGACUGGUGUGCGUCUAAAGCCUGGCCAACGCGUUUUCCUCACAUACAACGGACGUGAAGUCCGUGCUGAUGUGCUGGAACACGAUCAUGAUACUGAUGAACUCCGCGUUCAGGUGCACGCACCUGCAGCCGAGGUGCCAAUAGAGCUAAGAAAACGACUGGAGGAAGUCAGACUAUUGGAGUCACGUAAAUCCGCGAGGUUAGCUGAUGUCGACACCGAUUUUGCAAGACUAGCAGACAUGGCUGGCGACCGGCGCCGCGCCUCUGCAACCAUCGAAGUCCCAGCACAUCAUAUGCAAGGAUCUCGCAAACGCGGGCCAAGCAGUUCCUACGACUUGGGCUACGGCGAACGCGACGAUCAAAUGAACGAAUGCAACGCGGCACUCGUGCUUAUGUCCUUAAGCUGCUCUCCAAAUUCACCCAGGCCAAGUGCGUGGGGAGGCCGCUCUUCAGUCUCUCCUGGUGCAAGCAGCAGUUCUGGGUCUUCAUGGCGCUCCGGCACUCCUUCCCCACCGCCUGUUUCAUCCUCUUUCAGCGAUGAAGGUAUUGCCAUGGAUUAUGAAGAUCAUCAUCCACGUAAGAGGAGGGUUAACAGCGUCGUGUUUGAAUGUACUUGGAGAGGCUGUGGCUACAUAACAAAUACCUGCUUUUCAAUUGAAGCUCACAUCAGACAAACACAUUUAGGACCGAAGAAAGAAGGAGAAAGUGAUCAUGAAGAAGAAUUCUAUUAUACUGAGCGGGAAGUGUCAGCUCCGGCGCCUCCGCCAACACUGUCCCACCGUGAUAUGUGCCGUCCACCGCACGAAGAUCCUGAUUAUCAACGACAGAUUGUUGGAUCUUAUAGACAAGGUCUCUUAUCAACUAUGCAAAAUAUUUCAGCAAGGUCCAUAAGCAUUCCCGUUACGCAUUCCUGGUCUAACUCACACUCACCGAAACACAUGAAGAUAUCAGGGACAAGUGGAUCGCCAGGCAGUCCGGGCCGUAGACCUCGUUCUGACAACAAAAAGUGUCGAAAAGUGUACGGAAUGGAUCAACGGGAUCAGUGGUGCACUCAAUGCAAGUGGAAAAAGGCGUGCACGAGGUUCGGCGAUUAGCAGUCCCACUCUGCUUUUCCAACCUGUGUUGUGCUCUACGUUAAGUAACCAUUCUUCUGUUAUGCAAUGGAUGCUUCGCUACUUGAGAAUCGUUAAUCGAUGUAUUUCCGUGGGAAUUAAUUCCGUGAACGAUAAGAUUAAGAGUGCAGAAAAUAAUAUAUUACUGAUGAUUUAUUUUAAGAGAUACAUAUGCGGAGUAAUGUAAUUAUAACAAUAUUUUUAAAUAUCAACGGAGACAUAUUUUUUCUCUUCAAAUGUGACUCGUAUUUUGACUACAAAAUGGACAUUGCCCACGUAUUUUUGUAGAGCAGUAGAUUUGCCUUUAAACAUACGAAAUACGUGUGUCGCUCUCGGUCAGAGACUGUGAAUAUAUAGUAAUAAGUGUAUAAUAAGAAUAAAUGUAAAAGAAAAUGAAUAUUUGCGUAGUGUGAAAACAUUUGUCUUGAUUACGCGUUGGUAGUACUUCAAUCACGGAACUGUUAGAAUUCCCAAUUGUUACCAAUAAACCGAAACAGCGUUGUAAUUUAUCUCCCUAUUAUACAUUUCUGAUACUUAUAUGUUUUGUUAUACAUUUGGGAAGUAAAAAUUAACUAUCGCUACUUUACAAAAUGAAGACUAAAUUUAAUUGAGACUUUACGAUAAAAUUGAUGUCAUUAUGUUUGACAAGUAACUAAUUAAGGUUAUUUUACAAAUUAGUGUAACGUUUCGGAUUAUCUUCUUUAAUAUUUAUGUUUUUAUUUUUUUCACGUUGUUUAUGUCAGUGAAAUCCGUCCACGUUAUCAAAGUGCGCUUUACUUAACAAAUUUUUCACACUACGAAAAUAAGGUAUUUAUAAGACGACUUGGUGUAAUAGCAUUCCAGUCGUAAUAUAGUUCAGUGAUAUUUAUCAUUGCCUAUUUAUAUGCAUUGACUGAAUAAUUAGAUAAUGAAUAUUAUGAAGUAAGUUUUCUCAGGUUUGACUAAAAGACUACACAAAUUUAGACUUAAAAUUUUACAAACAUAUCUGUACGUAUACCUGUUGGUCCUAUCGAUGAAGACAAUACUCAACGGAGUUGCUCGCACGUUAUCGUGCUCGAAUGGACACUCGUUGGAAUGGUUAAUGUAGUAGAGGCGAUGUGUAAAAACAUUGAAUGCACUGCAAAAAUUUCACUGAACUCAAAUACGCAUUAUGGCAUGCCUGCAUCUUUGCAUUUGUUAAGUAUCAAUCUCGCAAAAGAGCUAUAAAUUUGAACAGUGCAUUUUUUGUUUUUGGAUUAUGUAAAUGAUUCUAAAAUGACGGUAAUGAUAUUGAUGACAAAUGUCAGCAUAAGCAGAACUACAUACAAUGAUAUGUUUACAUCAACGAUUAUGGCGGGACUUUAUAUCUACAUUUUACUGGGACUGGGAGUUCUGACUCACACCCGAAAGCGGUGGAUCUAUUGAAAUAAAAAAUAAGAGCUGAUUAAUAGAAAUAACAUGGAAUAUGGAAUGGGGUCAUUGACGAAUUUGACGAAGGAAAAUGUGUAAAAAGGGCUGCAGAAUGAAGGAACAGGCAAUUGCGAGUUGCAAUAUUAAUUAUUAAGUAUUAUUAUGUAUUUGUAAAUAGAUAAAUUUAUUGAAAAUUAUAUAAUUAUGUUCUAUACAUUAAAAAGAAAGCAAUGUUGGUACGUGUAAAUAUAAAAUAUUUAUGUUUGUAGAUAGGUAUUGAUAAUGUUACUUAAUGUGAUUGUUAAACACUAUAAUUUUUAUAGCAACACGAUGUGCUAUAUUUAUUUUAAUACAUAUUAGGUAGUAACUACUAUUUAUAAUGAUUUUGAUAAAAUCGGUUCUUAUACAUUAUGCGCGGUAUGUCUAUACCUUCCCUGGAGUUACCAAGAUACAUCGAUAAAUUUUAUUUUUCUGCUAUCAAAUAUUUUUAUAUUUAGUUUGUACAGUAGGUAUUAUUUCAUCUAAACAAUUGUGCCAAUCACAAAGUUUGUAAUAUCAAUAUCGUAAUCGUAAGUAAACCGCAUACAACAAAUGUUUCCAUUUAUUGAAGAGUAUUCAAUAAUCAAAUAGGUACUGUUGGUGCUUUUACAGUAAUAUCAUAGAAAACGCACAUUUGCGAAGAACUCGCGCUUAAGAGCUCUCGCUAUUAAGAGCUUAAAUGACUUGAAAGUUUAAAUAAUAAUCAGUACUAUUAUUAAUUAAAUAAUCUCAAUAUUGGAGAUCGUGGUGAAAUAUAACUUAAAUUCCUAUUUAAAAGUCGUGUAGUAGAAAAAAUCAUGAAAAAUUAUAAUAGUGAUAUUCAUCAAGCUUCAACAUUUCUUGCCAAACAAAUAAUAAUUUCGGUUACAUUUUUGUAGCCUCAGAUGUGUAGCUAAUUAUUCUACAUUAAGUACCUGCUAUUUCUACCAAAUAUACCUACUCACAAUUCAUUUUGUUUGCUGUUUAAUGGUUGUGAUAAAAUCAUUGUUAUGAUAAUAUCGAAGAUUUGUUUUCACACGGUAAUCCGCGCUACAUAAACCAAAUGAUCACUAGUAGGUUAAGGCGACAACUCAGCUAGCGUUUUAACAACUGCCAUAUUUUAAGGAUAUAGUUGUAACUGCGGUUAGUAAAUAUUAUCUAAUAUAAUUAUAGUUUAAAUAUAAUAUUAAGUUUUGAAGUCAUGAUGUAGUAUUUAAUAAUUUUAAGUACAAUAUUUUAAUUGACUAACUUCCAUUUAUGCAAUCCUCUUUUCUGUCAUCUAUUGUUGAAUCGUCAUAUUUUUUGAUAUUCAAAUCAAAUCGAAUUUUAAAACUAAUCCAUUAUUUAAAAAAACUGAAAAGGGCUGGCAUCAUACAUAUACUUUGUUUCGUUUUACAAUUUUCUAUUAAAAAGAAUGCCAGCGGGUGCUCGAGCUCGCUCAGCUUUUAAAUAAACCGAUCUCAACUAUCAUGAAGCUAUUAGAUUUAUUUUUACACAAAUAAAAAUCCUAUCCUUAUUUUUCAAAUUAGGCAUAAUUCAAUUUUUAUUAUAAGUAAAGACAAUGUUAUUUUUACACAUAUUUAUAAUUUACGUACCUUUUAAUUUAUUUAGCCAAAUUUGCUCAAUGUUGUAUACACUCGACACCAAAGUCAUAAUAAAAAUAAUAUUUUUAUCUAGCAGUACAAAGAAAACAUAAUAACAUUGCGAUUAUAUCUUCGUUUCGUACUUGCCGGCAUUGGCGACUUGCGUUCACAUUUUGUAAUAAGAAUUAUAAAAACCUAAUAACUUAAAUAUUCAUAAUCUUCUCUUUUGAGUUAUUUUUAUUAGGACAAAUUCACGUACUUUACAUGAACUGUAAAGCUUAUGUUAAAUACUUAGGCAUGAACGCUAGUCCAUACUAAGUCUUAUUUCAUGAAGGGCUAGAAUGUUUACAUAUAAUUUGAUUGUAAAGAGUGUAUUAUUGUAUUUAUUUAAGGUUUGAACAGAAUUUUUUACUUAGAUGUAGUAUCAUGAUAUUAAACCGUCUACAUAGCAAUGAUUUAUAAGAUAUUCUUAUUACUAUUAUUUAAUUUUAGCGGUGAAAAGCCUCGACUUCGUACUUAGUUUAUUAAAAAUUUUGUAGCGUUGCGUCGUAAUUAUUUUGUAUAACAUACUAUUUAUAUUUCAGUCAUUGUUUGAAUAUACAUAAUAUAUUAACGCAAUGUUUAAAUUUAAUAUAUUGUUAUGCUAUAAUACCAUUGUAGUGCUUGUUAUGUUUGUAAUUACUAUGGAAUUUGUGUUAUUUGUUUUUACGCUUUUUCUACUUUUAUCUUCCUAACUCCGAAAUUCCAGAUGACUUCUUAUAAUUCAUACUUUUACCUUACACUCUAUUUUCACAUAUUUCCUAAUACUAUCUUGGAACUUGGAACUUUGCAUGUAAAUAUGUAAAUCAUCCAUUUAUUUUAUUAUUAAAUAAAAUAUUGCCUACUUGUUUCACAGUGUUAAAAAGAUACUAUGCAAAUUGAAUUAAAUAAGGGAAGCUGUGUCAUCUUGUACAUUUCAUAUCUAUCUAUAUAUCUAAUACUUUUGGUAAAAUUUUAAAAAUGUAUGUAAUUAAGAUUCGCAUUACGUUUUUUUCAUAGAAAUUAAAAAUAGUUUUAGACAUAUAUCGUAUUGAUAUGAAAUUUUCCUUAGUUAUAUUAUAUACCUAAUGAACAUUUGAAUUUUCCUUAAUUCGAUAUAUUAUGUACAACUGUAAUUAGUGACUGUAUACUUGAUUUACGAACAAAAAUUCCAAAUGUGUAUAGUGGGCAAUAGAAUUUUUUGAAAAUAUGUCUCCUGUUUGUAAGUAAAGUUUAGUGGUUUUAUCAUAUUUAUGGACAGAAGGACCGUUCGCAUAUCCACAGUUUAGAGAAUAUAAUAAAUGAACUUGCAAAUGUACGCGCUACACUGUGUGAUUUUACGUACAUGGAUAUUAUGUUUAGUAUUAAAAUUUUUAUUUAAUUAGACAAUACUCUGUUGCUGUUUAUAUUUUUCUAUCACAAAUAAUUAUCUAAUACUUCUUUUCUUCAUGUAAUGGUCUUGAUUAGUUAAUCUUUUAUGAAAUUAUUUCAUAUUGGCAAGUUUGCCAUUGACACGAUAAAUGGAGCAUUUUAUGUGGAAGAUGUGUCGAGUUUCGGUGUUCAAAUACACUACCUAACUAUAAAUACAGAACUAAGCAUGUUUAUCAAGCAGAAUAAUGUAACAACAUAAUAAACAAAGAAAUUUAUUUCAUUACAACCAUAUUUUCUACUCGCAUGGAAUGCUUCAUAUAGGUAUUAUAAUAUUUUACGAUGGUUACCAAUAGAUUUAAGAAUAUAAAUUGUUUGAUCAAUGAUGAAUAUUAUUAUGUAUCUAUUACUGUUUAUUGUAUUAAUUUUCGCUCGGAUAAGUAGACAUAUUUCCAUAAUAAUUAUUGUCAAUAUCACAGCAGUUUUUACCGACACUGUCAGCACGACUAGACCCAAUAAAAAUAAACAACAACGUUUUGCCACAUUUUUUUAUUAUAAAAGAGAAUCAUGCAGUAAAUAAUAUGUUGAAAUUAAAUAAGGGAAGGUAGAAACUAGCUGGCAGUUCUAUCUACUGUGAUAUUAAUAAUCUAUUUAUUAAUCUUUUAGAUUAUUAUUUAUAACUUUACAAUGUUGAAUAUGAUCGUGUGUUAUAUUUUACAGAAUGAAUAUUAGUAUUAGGUAAUGUUAUAUCGUACCUAUUGCGAAGGUCCAUAAUGUGUUCCAAAAAUAAUUGAUUUUAUAAAAGGUUAGAUGUAAAAAAAAAAUGUAAUGUUCUGUUAAGUAUUCGUACCUAAAUUGUAUAUGAUAUGGUAAAGAGAGAGUGUACAUCUACACAUCGAAAUUGUUGACAUCACAGUCUUAUAAACACAAUAGACUUUCGUUAAUGAAAACAGAAUAACAAGCUCUCUAUAAUGUAUAUUAUUGUGUAUAGUUACUGCAUUUUGAUCCGAAUCAAUUCUCUGUGAAACAUUGUGUCCACUCAUAACUUAUCAUUGUUUCACAAUUGCUGUGAGAAUUCGUGAAUAAAUGAAUUUAUGUUUUUUUUUUAAUAUUACUGUAUGUAGACUUUUGUCUGGUUUAUUAUACCUCAAUAAGUUUAGAAUGAAUGUAUGUCUUGAGAAAUAUAUAAAGAUUCAAUUAUUGGUA